ACAUGGUCAUUAGAAAUUGUGAAAUCUAGUUAUUGUGUUAAUACAGAUGAAUUUGAUAAUUUUGAAACAUCUAAUUCAGCUUCAUCUGAUGAUAGUAGUGGUAAUGAUAGUUCAUCUGAAAAUG